AUGCAGCACAACCAGAAAAUUGCAGUCAUUCUCCUUUGCAUCGGUGUUUUCACACUAAACCACGUCGUUGAGGCCAAACCAGCCGACGUGCGUACGACGCGUCAAACGAAGGGACCCAAUAGCGGUGGCGCAACACAAGCGGAGGUGAAAUCUUUAAGUGAACAGUUACUGAAUGAAGGAGCAUCGGUCUUGACUCAGCCACAAGGAUUGGCUGGUUUCGGUGGAGUUGUCGGCGCCAUGCCAUACGCACGUUAUGGCGGACUCGCUUAUGGCGGCAGCGGUUAUUCCGGCGCACCAGGUGUUGGUCUUAUAGGCCUGCCAUUUGGUGGUAGUGCGCCCAGCGCAGCCGCUGGUCCUAAUGGUGUCAUGCCUGGUGUGAACACAUUACAACUAGGAAAUCUCGCUGGUUUAAGCUAUCCAGUCACAGGCAACUAUGUGGGUAACAAUUUGCCACCUUACCAAUUCAAUGGACCCGAUAUGUUCGCUAACUAUAUGUUCGGUGGCUUACCUCAAUUGCAAAACAAUUUCGGACCAAUGGUAGCCGGCGCUAAUAGUUUGGAUAAUCUCGUGAAUAUGGCCAAUCUGCAAGGUGUUAACGGCAACGGCAAUCAGGUGCCAUCACCAACACAAUUGCAGCUACAAGGCCAAGCUUCGCAGCCGCUGCCACAGUUAGGUGCAGCAUAUCCAAUCCCGUCGGCAGUUUUCGGACAAAUGGGUGGAUAUGGACAGGGUUUCCAAGGCUAUCAACUGUUGUAG